GCCGAGCCCGUCCGAGCGCUCGGCCGCCGGCCGCGAGUCCUCACUCGGCUCGAGACGUUCGCGGUGACCGCACGACGCCACGCCAUCGUCGCACGUGGGUUUAUAACCUCACUAGUGAAUUUGAUCGCUGAAAAGCCGACUACAACUUAUCAUAGAUCACAAGGCUAGGCGACAGUCAGUCGGUUAUCCUUCAAAAUGGUGAAUGAGACCAAUGGCAGCCCGCCGGCGCAGGAGCUGGAGACGUUCCUGCCGCAGGACGGCAAGAAGGAGAAGAUCGUCAGCAAGUACAACCUAGGCAAAGACCCCGAGGCUGCCGACACCUUCGACCCCUUCGCGGAAAGGAAACUCGACAACCCCACUUCCAACAUGGACACUCUGACUCACCUGCUGAAGGCGUCUCUGGGCACGGGCAUCCUGGCUAUGCCGAAGGCCUUCAAGUGUGCGGGGCUCUACUCCGGCAUAUUCUUCACUAUUCUCGUGGCGGUGAUCUGCACCCACUGCUCGUAUGUUCUCAUCAAGUGCGCCCAUGUGCUGUACAAGAAGACGAAGAGGACGUCAAUGAGCUUCCCCGAGGUGGCUGAGGCAGCGCUGGCCAACGGACCCGAGGGCCUCAAGAAAUGGGCUAACGCUUUCAGGCUGUUCAUCCUCAUCAGUCUGUUCUUCACCUACUUCGGCACCUGCUCGGUCUACACCGUCAUCGUCGCCAAGAACAUUCUGCAGGUGGUAGCUCACCACAUGGCAGUGAAGGAAGAAGACCUGGAGAUCCGCAUCUUCAUCAUCGCUCUUCUCAUCCCUCUGAUCGUGAUGGCGUGGGUCCGCAACCUCAAGUACCUGGCUCCCGUGUCCAUGGUGGCCAACGUCUUCAUGGGGAUAGGACUCGGCAUUACCUUCUACUACUUGGUCGGCACCGGGGAAAUGGACUUUAACAAGGUGCAAGCCGUCACGUCUCCUAUCGAAUGGCCGGAGUUCUUUUCUUUAACCAUCUUCGCGAUGGAAGCCAUCGGUGUGGUGAUGCCUCUGGAGAACGCCAUGAAGACCCCUCGCUCCAUGCUGGGCCUGUGCGGGGUGCUCAACAAGGGCAUGUCCGGAGUCACGCUGGUCUACAUCCUGCUCGGGUUCCUCGGGUACCUGCGUUACGGCGACCAUGUUCAGGACUCCAUCACGCUCAACUUGGACAUCAAUGAGAUCCCCGCUCAAAUAGUGAAGAUUGCGAUCGCAGUGGCCGUAUACUGCACGUACGGACUCCAGUUCUUCGUGUGUGUGGAGAUCGCGUGGAACACCAUCAAGGACAAGUUCACGAAGCGGCCCAACCUGGCCGACUACAUCAUGCGGACGCUCAUGGUCACCGCCUGUGUGCUCCUCGCCGUCGCCGUCCCCACCAUCGGCCCCUUCAUGGGCGUCAUCGGAGCCUUCUGCUUCUCCAUUCUCGGCCUCAUCGCCCCCGCCUUCAUCGAAAUCGUCACCUACUGGAACAUCGGCUUCGGACGCUUCAACUUCCUCGUCUGGAAGAAUAUCCUCGUCACCAUCUUUGGGCUGUUCGCUCUGGUCUUCGGCACCAAGGACGCCAUCGCCAGCAUCAUCCAGGUCUACAGCUCCACCAAGGAGUAGGCAGACCCAGGUAGCGGUGUUGUUGUUUAAUUUAAGUUGAGUGCUAAGACUUUUGAUUUGCGCUUUACGUAGUGUUUGCGUUGAGGCCCCGUUUGUUUAGAAUGUGUUGACCGGGACGGCAGCGCCCGGGCCUCUAUAACCGUUUCAUUGUUUUUUCGGCUGCAUUCCUGCCCGGGCGACUGUUGAUGCCGUUGAAACUAACAAUAGAAAUAUACAAAUGUACAAAAUUUCGUUGCUUAGAUAC